AUGUGUCCCAGCCAGCCUGGGCCUUCCUUGGUUUACCUGCUUGCAAUACGAAGCUCAUCUCCACCCCAGAGCCAGUCAUUACUCUCUGCCACGGGGCUCUGCCACUUUGCCACCCUGGCUCUGGCCCUGCUGGUGCUUCUGGAGCCCCUGGGACAGGUGGAUACCUGGAAGACGGUAAGAGCCUGGUGUGGAGCCGACCCUAGAGCCUGCUACUCUGUCUUCCUGUUGCCCCCACCCCUCUUGGCCACUGUGUUCACUCCCCAAACCCUGAGGUUCUGUGGCCAGGGACCCCAGAAACAGCAGCAAGUGUGCAGAGACAGGCGACUGGAAACCAGCAGCACAAACUGCCCGUCAGAGAAGACCACGGCCUGGGUCAGAUACCACUGCAGAAUGGACUCAGUGCAGAAGCAGGACCUCCGGAGGCCCAAGAUCCACGGGGCAGCCCGGGUGGCCCCCUACCAGCCACCCACUCUGGCUUCACUGCAGCGCCUUCUGUGGGCCCAUCGGGCUGCCAUGCUGACCCAUGUCAACGAGGUCUGGCCCAACCUCUUCCUGGGAGAUGCGUAUGUAGCCCGGGACAAGUGCAAGCUGACUCAGCUGGGCAUCACCCACAUUGUGAAUGCUGCUGCAGGCAAGUUUCAAGUGGACACAGGUGUCAAGUUCUAUCGUGGCAUGCCCGUGGAAUACUAUGGCAUCGAGGCUGAUGACAACCCCUUCUUUGACCUCAGUGUCUACUUUUUGCCUGUUGCUCGAUACAUCCGAACAGCCCUCAGUGUUCCCCAAGGCCGCGUACUGGUACACUGUGCCAUGGGAGUGAGCCGUUCCGCCACACUUGUCCUGGCCUUCCUCAUGAUCUGUGAGAACAUGACACUGGUGGAAGCCAUCAAGGUGGUACAGGCCCACCGAGAUAUCUGCCCCAACUCAGGUUUCCUACGGCAGCUCCAGGUUCUGGACAACCGGCUGGGGCGGGAGACAGGGCGGCUCUGACCUGACAGGCGGCCUGGAGUCCUGACCCUCUGGUCAGCACAGCCUGACUCAACCAGCCUGGCCCUGGGGACAGCAGCCUCCAUUGUUUCCAGUGAUCCUGAGAUGUAAAUAGCAAGUGGGGGCUUCGUGGAGGCAGAGAUAGCUGGGUGGUGACUUUUAGCUGGUAGAUUUCCCUGACUCAAUCCAGAGAUUCUUUAUGCAAAAGAGAGUUCAGUCUGUCUCUAUAAUAAAAGAUUCAUCAUAAUAAAGAGAGAUCUUGUGGUGGUUUGUGGGGCAAUGAUUUAUUCUCAGGAUGGCUUUGCCAACUCUGAUUCAGCAUGUUGGCUGCCUAGAAAAGGAGUCUAUGUCAGGGCUUAACAGGGAAGGAGGGCAGGUGGUGAUCAACUAGUGGGAUCUGCCAAGAGUGCCAAGAGGGAGGAGUAGUGGUACAAGUGUUGGGAAUUAGUUAACCUUUUUCUUAUCUUGUCCUCUUCAUAUCCUUACCCAAGGGUUCGGUUGUCUGAAUAAAGAUCAAACUUCAAUGCGUCACCAUCCUCUGCACGUCCACCCUAUCAAAACUGUCUGUGUGCAGACAGCAUCUCUUGGACCCAGUCAAUCUCUUCAUUUACAUUCUACUUCCGAAAGAAUUGACUGAAAUUACAGACACCUGAAAAACAGGAGCAUUAAAUAAGAGAAUAGUUUGGGAGGAGACACUUAAUCAGAAAUCCCAGGCAAAGGAUGGUUUCCUGAAGAAGCACGAUUUAGCUCUGAGACUUGCAAAUCAAAAUUAUAAUGGGAUACCAUCUCACCCCAACAUUACUGGUACGAAUAAAAAAAAAAUAGAAAAUAAAUAUUGGAGAGGCUGGGGGGAGAUAUGAACUCUUAUGCACUGCUGGUGGCAAUGCAAAAUGGUAUAACCAUUUUGGGAAAUGGUAUCACACUUUCUCUUUUUUUAAUUUUUAUUGUGCUUCAGGUGAAAGUUUACAAAUCAAGUUGGUCUCUCCUACAAAACUUUAUAUACACCUUGCUAUAUACUCCUAGUUGCUCUCCCCCUAAUGAGAUAGCACAUUCCUUCUCUCCGCCCUGUGUUUCUGUGUCCAUUCAGCCAGCUUCUGUCCCCCUUGGCCUUCACAUCUCCCCUCCAGACAGGAGCUGCCCAGAUAGUCUCACUUGUCUACUUAAUCCAAGAAGCACACUCCUCACCAGUAUCAUUUUCUGUUUUAUAGUCCAGUCUAAUCUCUGUCUGAAGAGUUGGCUUCGAGAAUGGUUCCUGUCUUGGGCUAA